GCUUCCUAAUUAUUUAGUGCCAAGUGCCGCCGAGUGUACCCCGCGAGUUCGCACACCCCCCACACACACCUACACGCACUAGCGAGAACAUAAAACGCAAUUUUGUAUUAGAUUUAAUUUGACUCGCACACUUGCGCGUCGCUGUGUGCGUGAGGAAGUACCGCUUUCUACGCACAAAUUGAUUACGAUCGUCGCCGAAAAGAGGAAUUUGCAUACACGUGGAACCUUUUUCUCUUUCUCUAAAAAAAAUCAAUCCAUUUCCCGCGCUCAUCGCUCGUGUUUUGUUUCUUAAUUUGUCAGCACGCGUCUUGGAAGUUUAAGUUUGUCUAUGGUCAUGCGUGAUAGUGUAGGGCUACAUACUAGCAUGCAGGUGGGUGCAUGCCAGUGCGGCCGGGUCCGCCCGUCGCGGCGCCGCGUCGUCGAGUGAGAGCGCGAUUUAAAAACUAUACGAACCCGCGCAGCGAGCGCCAGCCCGUAAUACCACCCCCCGCGUAAUGAUUUUUUGGCGAUGAAUUUAUAUUCGCGCGCGAGCGGUGCCACUUUUUCGACCCCCUAAAACCCCCUCCCCCCGCUCAUUAACGCAACCCAGAUAUGCAAUUCUGAUCUUUGACGAGGAGGCUGUAGUGUCGGCGGGCGCCUCGUCGGGAGAGGUGCCCCGUUUUGUUUUUUCCCGCCCGGCUUCAUUAUUGAUGGCAUCGGGACGGUAAUGCGGAAGCAUGUGUGAACGUUUCAUUACAAAAGGUGGACGCCGCUCGUGUUAAUAUUGCAGACCGGCCGGACCCGACCGGACGGGUGGACGCCUCCGCAAAAAAAACUUUAUAAAUAAAAAAGAAUAAUUGGCGCAAUUAGUUGUCCGGUGCGAAGAUUCGAUUUUAGAGAAUUUGAAAUUUUAAGUUUGGAACGCGUGGCGCGCAACUAUCGCGUGGCUAAAGUUUCCGAAGUUCGGUAAACUUCUCACGUGCGUGUGUGCACGGCGGACAGUUGACGGAGUUCGCUCGGACUGAAUUUUCGCGUCGCGCUUUUCCGAUUAUUUUUAUUGGCGGGCUUUCGGCGGACAUUGACUUGUGACUUUGUUGGAGUUUUUGUUGAUUGUUUUUUGUUGUUAUCAUUUUUGGGAGUGAGCGACUACUGCAACGAUUUUGCAAACGGAACCAGCUAAAGGCUUGUCAAAAUUAUUAAGGUCGCACACACAUGACUCGCUAACCACAACCAUGGCCGACACGCAGCACUUCUGUCUGCGGUGGAACAACUACCAGAGCAGCAUCACCAGCGCCUUCGAGAACCUUCGCGACGAUGAGGACUUUGUGGACGUGACGCUGGCUUGUGAUGGGAAGAGUUUGAAGGCGCACCGGGUAGUGCUUUCGGCCUGCAGCCCGUAUUUUAGGGAGCUAUUAAAAUCAACACCGUGCAAACACCCAGUGAUCGUCCUCCAAGACGUGGCGUUCACGGACCUGCACGCCCUCGUGGAGUUCAUCUACCACGGCGAGGUGAACGUGCACCAGCGGAGUCUCUCCUCCUUCCUGAAGACUGCUGAGGUGCUGCGGGUCUCCGGGCUUACGCAGAACGACGAUGCUCAGGGGCCCCUGGUGCAGAGCCUGGCGCGCGCCGCCGCCGCCGCCGCGUCCCCGCACACCCCGCCCCCGCACCCCGCGCACGCGCACCCCCACACCCCCUCCUACACCGAAAAGCUCGAAGAAGCGCUCCUAUCCCACCCCCAGCACUCCAGCAUCCAGCACAUGAUGCGCCGAGUCUCCCUCCCUCCCCGCCGCAUGUCCCGCUCCGCCGACAACUCCCCUGACAUCAUCAAGCGCGCGCGCCACGACAACAACAACGAAACACAGAUCCACGCAGCCGACUUCUCUACUAAGAAUCACUCGAUCAUCAACAACACGAGAGCCCAUGAGCCUGGAAAUAACGGGAACGGGAUUUCCAAUAGCAGCUCCUCGCCGUCGCCGAGACUUAUGGAGGAGGUCAAGAAUGAGCCUCUGGACAUGAUAUGCGGCUCCAACGCUGAUAUUGACCGGAGUACGGAUGACACGCCGCCGCAUCACAGACCACUCGGUGGGGGCCCACCGUCACGCGGCAGUUCAGCCGAAAACGACGACCGCACGCCGCCGCCCCAACUGCCACCGUCGCCCUUCAUACAACCGGCUGACACGAAACUUUUCGCGCCCUCUAACACCUACAACUUCAGUAUGGCGGCACUCACGGAACAUCCAUCAUUGCAAGGUCUGCAGAGUCCGCUGGCUCCCGACGGCAUGGCGAGCACUUCCCAAGUGGGCCCGCUCGGGGCGGGGCACCGCUGCGAGGUGUGCGGCAAGCUGCUGUCGACGCGGCUCACGCUCAAACGGCACACGGAGCAGCAGCACCUGCAGCCGCUGCACUCGGCGCGCUGCUCGCUCUGCCACAAGGUGUUCCGCACGCUCAACUCGCUCAACAACCACAAGAGCAUCUACCACCGGCGCCAGCGCGGCGCGCCGCCGCCGCCGCCGCCGCUGCCGCUGCCCGCGCCCGGCGCGCCGCAGCUCCAGCCCCAGAACCUUUCCAACGUCGACGCCAAAAUCAAUCCCAUCGCGUCCCAACACCACAACAUAGACUUCUACAAGUUCAAAGAUCAAUUCAACGUCUAAACAAACAAUUAUCACAUUUAUUUUUAUAUCUUUUAAACGUCUCGUUGAUAUUCGUUGAUAUUUUAUUUUAAGAUUUAUUAAUUAUACACUUUUUUGAUGAGAACUUUGAACUUGGUAGUUGUAUGUUUGUGACCAUGACAGUGACUUAUCAUCACAAUGAAGCCGAGAGCUUCCUUUGACAUUCCAAAUGUUACAAGGGAGGGUGCGGACCCGCGGGACCGCGCCCACAGUGCAAUACUGCGGUAUGUGACUAUUCCUGAAUUAUACACUAUGUUAAAUGUGUGACAAUAAGGCGAAGAGAAAAAUAUUUUGAGAAAAGAUUAAUAUCUUGGUGCUGUAAAUUUAUAUAUUAGGCUUAAAUUAAAAAAAGAAACCGUGUUCGUGUAAGUAAACUAACUAAAGAGGCAUAUUGUUUUCAACCUUGUGUUCAUUUUUCGGCGUUUUGCAAUUUAUUUAUUCUGUAAUUUUACCUACAUGAUCUCACUCUUAGAUAUUUAUACGAGAUUACUAAAAUGCUAUUUAAAAAAAAUUAUACACAAUUAUAUAAUUGGCUUAUGAGGCUUUUCAAAUUCACUUUAGUUUUAAGUGAUUUUGUUAUCCGUAAGACUGAAAUCAGAACAUAGCACCAGCAGAAAGAUAAAGUAAGGGUUUAUUUUUUAACUAAAUUCAACCCGCAGAAAGCACAGGUCACUAAUAAUACCGGACUUUUACCCAACAAUACUGAAAUAGACAUAUUUAAUGACAUACACAUACACAUUAAGGUAACGUUAUAAUAUUUAUUGCUCGCUUACUCAUUCGGUUUGAAUUUUUCUUGUUUUACUUUCUUUUUUAGAUUUAUUUUAAUUUUUAUGUCUUUUAAUUGUACACUGCCACACCAGUGAGUCUUUAUUUCUUGAAAUAUAAUUUAAAAUCGAUGCAUAAACACUUUGCGAAGUGAAUAUCGAGGUGCCAUCUAUGAAGGAAUGAUUAUGGCUACAUAGUUAUGUUUUAGUUUAGUCAGAAUUAGUUAUAUCUAAACUAAACUUUUAUUACGACUUGUGUUCAUUUCAAAUUAUUAUUGUUGCGUUUUUCCUUGUUUAGUGUAGUGUUUUUUUACG